CCCGCCAAAGUAACUAUGCGUCGAUAACUAUCGCAUUACCAGCUGUGUUGUUGUUGCGUUCUUUUUUUCGCAUCCGGUGCACGCAAUUGUUGCUAAUCGACGACCUGACUGUGCAGAAUGGCUCCAAGGAAGGCUAAAGUUCAGAAGGAGGAGGUGCAGGUCCAUCUUGGACCCCAAGUUCGCGAUGGUGAGGUCGUGUUUGGAGUGGCUCACAUCUACGCCAGCUUCAACGACACCUUCGUCCAUGUCACGGAUCUGUCCGGCCGUGAGACCAUCGCCCGUGUCACCGGAGGCAUGAAGGUGAAGGCCGAUCGUGAUGAGGCUUCGCCCUACGCCGCUAUGUUGGCCGCCCAGGACGUGGCUGAGAAGUGCAAGACGCUGGGCAUCACCGCUUUGAACAUCAAGCUGCGCGCCACCGGCGGCAACAAGACCAAGACCCCCGGACCCGGCGCCCAGUCCGCUUUGCGUGCUUUGGCCCGUUCGUCCAUGAAGAUUGGCCGCAUCGAGGAUGUGACCCCCAUUCCAUCGGACUCCACCCGCAGGAAGGGCGGUCGCCGUGGUCGUCGUCUGUAGGAAUGCAUCGUGUCACUGGCUUUUGACUCUGCGUUAUAUUUUUAUACUAAUAAAUACAAGCAUAAAUGCA